UUUCAAAGAUUCCGUCGAAACGGUCCUGUGAUUGGUGAUCCGCUCGUUCCGCUUCCGCAUAUUCCGCUCCAUGGGACCGUACCCUAAGACGAUUUUAGGGACAUUCAGAGCACGUUAAAGAUGAUGUGGUUGGUUGACGCAAAUUACGUUUACACCGUAUGUAAAGCCACUCUGAGGGUGCAGUCCCAUAGAGCGUAUUACGCCUAAGCGGAACGAGCGUAUCACAAAUUACGGGACCGUUUCGACGGAAUUUUUGAAAGAGUUCUAUCAGAAUAAUCUCGUGUUGGUGUUCCGCUCGUUCUGCUUAUGCGUAAUACGUUCCAUGGGACUGCACCCUGAGGCUGAUGUCCCCUGGAGCGGAUUAUGCGGAGCGGAAUGAGGGUGCAGUCCCAUGGAGCGGAUUAUGCGGAAGCGGAACGAGCGGAUCACCAAUCACGGGAUUAUUCUGAUAGAACUCUUUUAAAGAUUCCGUCGAAACGGUCCUGUGAUCUCGUUCGCACAUGUGUACAAGUGCAAAAUCCACCUUUUGCACUUAUGCGCAUGCACGAGACCAUCUUUUGCACUUGUACGCAUGCGUGAACGAGAGAGAAAGGUAUUACCCAAAGCAUGCUAGCCUUUUCCCUCUGAAUCUUACCCCUACUCCCACAAUGCUCAGUCUAGAUAUAUUAUAGGCGAGUUUUUUAAUUUAUCGAUCAAUUGCAUUAUGCACAGAUGCUUUUCUCUGUAAAAACUUUUUUUGCGCAUCGUGCGAUUGAGUAAUCGAUGAGUUAAAAAACUCACCUUAUGUCUAUGGACGCGACAGACUCUUAUUGGGUGCGUUCCACUUAAAGCUUGCAACGACCGUGGAAUCAUUUUAUCCUUGUUGUUUAUCAAAUAUUAAACAAAGAUAAAUGACGCUCGCAAGCGUUGCGAGCGUUAAGUGGAACGCACCCAUUGUAGAUCCGCCCUAAUCCGCUUCAUAGGACCGCAACCCGAGUGGUUGCGCUGCUGGUUGCAAUGGCCGCAUUCAGCAAACUCAGCAGCUAAGUAGCAAUCGAACAUGAUUGGUUCUGACUUAUAGAACCAACAAAUCAACGGCAUUAUUCAACGGAAAAUCUAGUAAUGUUGCUCAACUACUGAGUCUGCUGAAUGCGGCCAAUGAGUCUUUAUUGCGAUUAGUUUUUGCUCUAGUUCUAUUAAAUAACUAAGACCAAGAACCAAUUGAAUUAAAAAAUCACUGCGCGGCAAACUGUAGAUGCAGACCAAUUGAGACAAAGGUUAAUAUGCGAUGUUCGAAGAUGUGGAUUUUUUAUUGUAUCUGCGCAUUUUACGUAAUGCUCACCAAUGGUACAUAUUACGUAUGUCCAUUAAAUGAUAUUUACGCAAGAAAAGGUAAUAAUUGCAUGUUGAAAAAUGCGCAGUUAAGAACAAAGGCAUGCAUAAUGGCUGUUAACGCAAAUAUCGAGCAUCUUUCUAAAAUUAAAAAAAAUUUAAACCAUAAUAUUCCUCGAGUAAAAUUACAAUCUAUAAAUCUUUGCAAGUAUAAAACACUUAGCCGACAAAAGCCUCGAAUAAUUAAAUCUGAGGUACUUAAAAAAGGCCAAAAAAUAAAAAUAAAAAAUAAAAGUAAAACUAAUCAGCAGGCGCAAGAAAAACUAAAGACUACAUCUGAAGAAUACAAUCUCUCUGAUAUGAUUCUUACAAAUGAUUUUUCAAAUGCUAUACUACAAAUAGACACUGUGAAUAAUGAUAGCUCGUCCACUGAUUUAUGUUUGAAUAUUCAAACAAGAAUAUUGGAAAAAUCUAAUACUCGAGAAACAUUAGAUACAUUGGUUGAGAGAUCAAAAACCAACACUGAUGAAGACAAUUAUAAGAUUCUUACAAAUGACUUUUCAAAUGCCGCAUUACAAACAGACACUGUAAAUAAUGAUAUCUGGUCCACUGAUUUAUGUUUUGAAAAUAUUGAAACAAGAGUAUUGGAAAGAUCUGAUAAUCAAGAAACAUUAAACAUGUCGGUUGAGAAAUCAAGAACCAAUACUGAUGAAGAUAAUUAUAUGAUUCUUACAAAUGACUUCUCAAAAAGUACACUACAAAUAGGCAUAAUGAAAAACAAUAGCUCGUCCACUGAUUUAUGUGUUGAAGAUAUUGAAGCAAUAAUAUUGGAGAAAUCUGAUACUCAAGAAACAUUAAAUAUGUUGGUUGAGAAAUCAAGAAAAAAUACUGAUGAAGAUAAUUAUAUGAUUCUUACAAAUGACUUCUCAAAAAGCACACUACAAAUAGGCACUAUGAAAAACAAUAGCUCGUCCACUGAUUUAUGUGUUGAAGAUACUGAAACAAUAAUAUUGGAAAAAUCUGAUACUCAAGAAACAUUAAAUAUGUUGGUUGAGAAAUCAAGAAAAAAUACUGAUGGAGAUAAUUCUUCUGAAUAUAUUCCUUCGUCUACAAGCGAGUCAUCAAUUUACUCAGAUACAGAAAAUGAUAAUACAAAGAAUAAUAGGAAAAAUGUCUCUGUAAAUAAAACUAAUACGUCUAGUGGUUUAGACAUAUCUAAUCUACAUUUGUCAGGAACAAAAAUGUGUGAUGAUGCUGAAAUGUAUGUCACAGAAUCGUCAGGAAAACAAACACAUUCCAAAAAAAAUUGUUGUUAUUACUGCAAAAAGCUACAAAGUAAGAUAGCACGUCACUUAGAAACUGUGCAUUCUAAUGAAAAAGAAGUUAAGAAAUUUAGUGUAUUACCUAAAGGAAACUACGAAAGAAAGAAAAUAAUAGAAACUCUUCGACGAAAUGGCAAUUUUCAGUUUAAUACUAAAAAAGAGAUAAACAAUGGAGAACUUAUCGUAUGUAGGCGACCAAACAAAGAAUGGCAUAGAACGGCUACUGAUUUUUUACCUUGUGGUAAGUGCAAAGGAUUUUUUUCAAAAACAUCUCUUCGACAUCAUUUUCGUCGUUGCACUGGACGUAAUAGCAAACAUAAUAAAUCAAUAACUGUAUUGGGUCGUACUAUUGUUGGAAGAACUCACGAACUAGCUAAUAAAAUUCUUAGAACAAUUGUCUUUCCCGUAUUACGAGACGACGAUGUGACUCGUGUAAUAAGGUACGAUCGGUUAAUAAUUCUAUAUGGAAAUAAACUUUGUUUGAAAUAUAGAUUGCAACACCAACACGACAUGAUAAGAUCUCGAUUACGGUUAUUAGGACGUUAUCUCAUAGCACUAAAAACAAAAGAUAAAAAUAUAACUGAUUUUGCCUCAUUAUAUGAUCCGAAAUUUUAUGAUGUCGCAAUUGCUGCUGUUAAUUCUGUUGCGGGUUUUGAUGAAUAUAAAAAUGUUUACAAAGUACCAUCUGUAGCAUUUAAUCUUGGGACGUAUAUAAAACAUGUCGGAGAAAUUCUUAUUAAUGAAUGUAUAAAAAAUCAUGAUCCUAUGAAAAUGGAACUGGCCGAAAAUUUCUUAAAACUAUUGAAACAAGACUAUGGAACAAGUGUUAAUAGAACAGUAUUAGAAACACAGAUGCAACAAAAACGACAAAAGAAGAUUAUACUUCCAUCGACAGAGGAUAUUAGAAAACUGGAUAAUUAUUUAACAGAAAAACGACAAGAAGCUUAUAACAAUUUGACGAAAGAAUAUUCAUAUAAAGAGUGGCUAUCUUUGCUGGAAACAACUCUCAUAUCGGUGCAAUUGUUUAAUCGUCGACGAGCUGGAGAGACUGAAAGAAUACAAAUAUCAGAAUUUCAAAAUUAUCACAGUAUUGAUGAAGAAACGAAUAAAGAUAUGUAUAAAUCAUUAUCAAUGGAAGCACGAAGAUUAGCAAAGAAAUAUGUCCGUUUUGUAAUACGUGGUAAACUUGGUCGUACUGUUCCUGUUUUAAUUCAUUCCGAACUACUAAAAUGCAUUAAUCUUAUAUUGGAUUACCGUUCACAUGCAAAAGUACCUCGUGAAAAUCCAUAUCUCUUUGGAAUACCAAGUUACGAUAAGAAGAGAUAUAAAUAUUUAAGGGCUUGCAAUUUAAUGCGGUCUUUUUCAGUAGCAUGCGGAGCAACCAUGUCACAUACAUUACGUGGAACACAAUUGAGAAAACACAUAGCAACUAAAUGUAUUUCUCUAAAUUUAUUAGAGUAUCAGGUGAAUGAUUUAUCAAAUCAUUUGGGACAUUCAGAUAAAAUACACAAAGAGCAUUACAGAUUACCUAUUGCUAGUCGAGACAUUUUACAAGUAUCAAAACUUUUGGAAUAUGCGCAAGGUGAAGAAAAAAAUAACAAUGAGGACGAAAGUACUGAUGACGAUGAUGAAUCUGAUGUAUUGCUCAAAAGAGAUUCAUGUAAUGAUGAAAACCGAUCAUUCUCUUCUGAUGAAUAUCAGAUGACAUACCAUUAUCCAGUAAAAAUCAAAAUUUAUUUAAGGAUUUGUGAAGAUAAUCUAAAAGAAAAACACUGCAGGAUUUUUACUAACAAGCUUUACCCACUAUUGCAAACUUAUUAA